AUGGGAUUCGUUGAUUUGAUCUAUUAUUGCCAAGAGGAGUAUAAAGAUGAAGACUCGUACGUCGCACGCCUCAUAUUGUUUUUAGCUAAAAAGUUUACUGAAUAUACACAAACAAAGAGCUCUGUCACUUCUAUUCCUCAAGCACCCAAAAGUCCCACAGACAAUUUCGACGAGUCAGAACAAGUGUCACAAAAGUAUGAUGAUGAUGCUUCACAAUCGAAACCAUCGAUUUUUGUUACACAAACAAAGAUGAACGCAUCAACAAACUAUCCAACUCAACAAAAACAAUGCCAAGAUGUUACUAAUAAUGUCACCAACACUACUUCAGACAUCCAUCCGAACCCCCACAAAGCGGUAUUGAGCUUUUCGUACCAAAAGCUCAAUACCAACUUUUCACGUAACGCAAUAGAUUUUUUACUCUCGCGUAAGAUCGACCGGUUUAUAAAGUACCGACGUGGGACGAUCAUUGCCAAAUCAACAGAACCUGAUUUAACUCGGCAAGUGUUGCUUAAGAGACUUAAAGAAAAAUCGAAUGUCUUUCUUCUUCUGUUGACAACAAUUAAAAAUUUUUAUUGCUGCCAACUGGGGACUUUUCCCGACAAAUAUGAACAGGAUUGGCACAAAGAUCCUUCGUUUACAGUGUAUCAGUUCAUGGAGAAUGGGGAAGAGUGUUAUCAUAAGUGGAAAACAACAAUUGGAGCAUCUUACGAGUUUCUCGAGCCGAAUGCGCCCAAGUACGAAGUACUUUUCAAUUGCUGUGGGCUGUUUGACUUGUACCAACUCAAAAAGAUUGUGUGGGAUACUGACGAGUUCUGCAAGUGUUAUCAAAAUGUCGCAAAUGAUCCUUUCACAGAGAAGCAAACGAUAUUCGAUACUGAGACAGAGGAAUUGGUAUCCCAAUUUUCAUUUGUUUCAUUAAUCUAA